AAGCCGCCAUGCUAUGGCCACCAUAAAACCCAUAGAAGGCCGGACGGUGCAUCAAAUCCAGUCCGGUCAGGUCAUCGUUGAUCUUUGUUCCGUGGUGAAAGAGCUGGUUGAGAAUAGUCUUGAUGCGGGGGCGACGAAUAUAGAUGUGCGAUUCAAAAAUCAAGGGCUCGAAUCCAUCGAGGUUCAAGAUAAUGGCGAUGGGAUCUCGCCGCAUAAUUACGAGACCGUGGCGCUGAAACACUACACGUCCAAACUCUCGACCUAUUCCGACCUCGCGACUCUUCAGACUUUCGGCUUUCGCGGCGAGGCUUUGUCUUCGCUCUGCGCGCUGUCGCGUUUCUCCAUUAUAACAUGUAUGGCGCGGGAUGCGCCGAAGGGCACGAAGCUCGAGUUUGAGGUAUCGGGGAAAUUGAAGGGGAAGAGCACCGUCGCUGCGCAGAAGGGGACUACGGUGAUAGUGGAAAACCUCUUCAACAAUCUUCCUGUUAGGAGGAGAGAGCUCGAGAGAAAUAUCAAAAGGGAAUGGAGCAGGGUCAUUGGUGUCUUGGGCCAAUAUGCUUGCAUUCAGACCGGCAUUAAGUUUUCCGUUUCUCAGCAGGCUGCCAAAGGGAAGAAGACGAUUUUAUUCUCUACUAAGGGCAAUCAGACAACCAGGGACAACAUCGCCAACGUCUUCGGAGCAAAGACCCUUACGGCCUUGGUGCCUCUCGAUUUGACACUGGAAUUAGAGCCAACCAGUGGUCCGAGCCAACGGCGGAGCACGCAGGAAGAUGGAGGAAAGAAGGAUGUUCGCAUCGUUGGCCAUAUCUCACGCCCUGUAUCAGGCGAAGGACGACAGACUCCUGAUAGGCAAAUGUUCUUCGUCAACGCAAGGCCUUGUGGGCUACCCCAAGUUUCCAAGGCUUUCAACGAAGUCUACAAGGCAUACAAUGCUUCACAAUCGCCAUUUAUAUUUGCCAAUAUAGAACUAGACACUCACCUAUAUGAUGUCAACGUCAGUCCUGAUAAGCGGACUAUCUUACUCCACGACCAAACCCGUAUGUUGGAGAAUCUGAAGACGGCUCUCAUCGCUCUUUUCGAAUCACAGGAAUAUACGGUACCUGUCUCGCAACUACCCGCGCAGAAGCUGCCAUCCUACAAGCAGUUGACGAUUAGUCGCGAGAACACCGUCUCUUCCCAGAUGCCAAGGAUGCCGGUUGAACCCACCGAGCGCGAAGAUAGCUCUGAAGAUUCUAGCAGAGAGGAGGGCGAAGAAAGAGUUUCAGACAAGACGUCAAAUUCUAAAACUAGGGGUGCAGUGUCUAGGGAUUCCAUGAAUCGCGAUCGCGAGGCUGUUAGUCUGAUUUCGAACUGGAUGAGCAGAAAGACUGAGAACCGACCAGAGUUUCAAUCUUCAAAGGCUAAUAAUCAGGGUUCCGUUGGUCUUUCCGCAGAGGAUGAUUCUGAGAAGCUAGGUGAAGAGAGUGGACAAGUCUUAGCAGAGGACGCUGCUGAAGAUGGCUCACCUACCAUCAGCCAGAAGUCUCAUGCUCACUCCCCCAGAUCAUCUUUCUCUGUCGCGGACACCGAUCAACAGAUUGCUGAACAGCAAACAGGGGAUGCCCACAGCCAAGAGAGUAGUCCUAGAGUUUCGGAGCCGCCAAUUCCUGCUCUUCCGUCACCCGUGAAACCAUCCUCCCAAGUUUCAAAUUCAUUCUCAAGCAGCGCAAGGUCCCAGCGUGCUCCUGCAGAGUUGGCCACUAUCACUAUUGGCGACCAUACCGUGACAAGCUCUAUUGGGAUACAAUACCCCAAGAGACCACGGGUCGAUAGUAUUUCUAGUACUUCUCGCAAAAGGGGUCGAGCGGAAACACCCAAGCGCCCUCAUCCCUCGUUUGGGAGUCGACUCAGCCAGCGAUUUGCGGCACCUGGUACAACCCAGCAGUCUAUAUCAAGCGAAGAAGAGGAAAACGAGGAAGAUGAAAGCGAAGCCGAGGAAAUUGAAGAUGAAACUCGUGAUUCUUCUCUUUCUCCUGGUUCGGUGGAUCUCCCCGUGCAAUCCGAACCUGCUGCGGAUGAUGAGACAAUCGCUGAGCCUUUGUCAAGUCAAGCUGCGAUUAAAGAAGAACCCCGAUCCUCUCAGCCUGGUUUUGAAGCUCCAGAUGAUGACGAUGAAUAUGUCGAUGAAGACGAAAAGAAAGCCCGAGAAGAGGCAAAAGUCCAAGAGAUGAUCAAGACUGCCGAGGAAGCAUCCGCUCAGCCGUCAGAGGAGAAUGUCAUGCGGGCUAAAGCCCUCCUCAAAGGAGGCGGACGAAAAAAAGAUAUGACUUUGAAUCUUGUCAAAAUUUUGGAAACCAGUACCUCAAAGAUUGCCCAGCAACUUCGUACACUGGAUGAAGCUCUAAGCACCUACCGCCAAUCACCAGCUGCGGAAGCCGGAAAUGCCACUCUGGAUUCCGAAGAAGCGGAAGAGAAGCUCUCCUUAACCAUCUCCAAGAGCGAUUUCGCCAAGAUGAAAAUCAUCGGCCAAUUCAACCUUGGAUUUAUCCUGGCCUCCCGCUCCUCGGAGGCGUCCCGCGGGGGAGGCGACGAGAUAUUUAUCAUUGACCAGCACGCGUCGGACGAGAAAUACAACUUCGAGCGUCUGCAAUCAACGACCAUCGUGCAAUCGCAGCGAUUAGUGCAGCCCAAAACCCUCGAGCUCACGGCGCUCGAAGAGGAAAUCGUCAUGGAGAACAAGCCCGCCCUAGAAAGCAACGGGUUCAUUGUCAGCGUCGAUUCCAGCGGCAGCAUGCCCGUCGGGCAGCGCUGCCAACUCGUCAGCCUCCCCUUGAGUCGCGAGACGACAUUCUCGCUCCCGGAUCUCGAAGAGCUGCUCGCGCUCCUCGCGGAACAACCGUCUGGCUCGAUAGCGGUGCCGAGACCUUCGAAAGUCAGGAAGAUGUUCGCGAUGAGGGCUUGUAGAAGUAGUAUUAUGAUCGGGAAGACUCUGACAAUGCAGCAGAUGGGCAAGGUUGUGAGGCAUUUGGGAGAGCUGGAUAAGCCGUGGAAUUGCCCGCAUGGAAGACCGACCAUGAGACAUCUAUGUGGUUUGGAAGCUUGGGAUCAUAUGGGUUGGAUAGAAGAAGGCGCUUCUUCUUUGGAUGGGGAAAGGGGAGGGGGGAGGACUACAACAACUACUACUACUGAUUGGGCGGCAUAUAUUAGGAAACAUAGGGUCGAGUCUGGAUCAUUAUCAUCGUCACCUUGAGAAGCAAUAUUUUGGAGUUUGGAGGGGAUGGGACGCUCCCAAGG